AAUGACGUUCGCUUGCUUGCUUUGCUUCUGUCAAAGUUAAAAAUGAAUUCUGUUUAAGGUUGUUCUUCAUUUAUAAGUUAUAAGAAUGUUUAAUUAGGAAAUAUAAUUGCAGAAUGAUAAAGAUAUUAUGGGCCUUAUAUGUCACCUUUGCGGAUCGGCACUUUAUUUAUGCGUGACUAAAAGUGUGUUAGAAUUUGCAGAAUGAUAACUAGUUUUAUUUAAAGGUCUGUAUUAACUUAUAACAUGGGAAACCAAAACAGUUGCUGCUGUUAUCGCAGCCCGUCUCCAAUUAGGAAGGACAUCGUAAAGCUAGAGGAAUAUCCCCAAGAAGGAGACUUAAGUUCGAAUAACAUACAACAUAUAAGUGAAAGAGAACCAGAUGAUGGAGAUAUUGAUCCUUCCCAGGACCCUAUAGCAGGUACUAUAUUUAUGGAAAGAUCCAAAGCUUCAAUUGAGAAUGGAAUGACUAGAAAGCGUAGCCAACAUCAAAUAGCUGACAAUAAGUUGAAAAAAAGUAGUUCCUGCUCUACGAUUUACUUAGAUGAUAGCACAGUCUCCCAGCCAAACUUGAAAAACACUGUUAAAUGUGUAGCACUGGCUAUUUAUUACCACAUAAAAAAUCGAACAUCUGAGCGCAGAUUAGACAUUUUCGAUGAAAAGUUACAUCCUCUUAGUAAAGAAGGGGUAUGCGAUGACUAUGACAGAUACAACCCGGAGCAUAAACAAAUUUAUAAAUUUGUCAGAACAUUAUUUAAUGCUGCCCAGUUAACAGCAGAGUGUGCUAUUAUUACAUUGGUGUACUUAGAAAGACUUCUUAUAUGUGCUGAUUUAGAUAUUGCUCCUUCUAAUUGGAAGAGAAUAGUUCUGGGUGCAAUAUUAUUAGCAAGUAAGGUUUGGGAUGAUCAAGCCGUUUGGAAUGUGGACUACUGUCAAAUUCUCAAAGACAUCACUGUUGAGGAUAUGAAUGAGCUGGAAAGACAGUUUCUAGAGAUGUUGCAGUUCAACAUCAAUGUGCCCUCUAGUGUUUAUGCCAAGUACUACUUUGAUCUGCGCACACUUGCUGAAGCUAAUGACUUAGCUUUUCCCAGUGAGCCACUAAGUAAGGAGAGAGCACAAAAACUAGAAGCCAUGUCCCGAGUAAUGGAAGAUAAGAUAUCUGCUGAAAUUGUAAAGAAUGGUAUUAAAAAGUGGUCCAGCUUGGAUAAUGUCAAUUCAGGUGCUGGUGUGAGACGUAGUGUGGCCAUAUUGUCUUAAAACAUAGUCAUGAGCCAAAAUUUUGUAUCAAAAUUAAAAAUCGCAUACCAAUAGGUAUUUAGAAAGUUUUGCAUAAUUUUUUUAUACAACUAAUUGGCACAUUGCUUUAGUAUUUGUGCAUGAAAAUGCUAAUAAUUAUUAGGUAUAAAAUUUUGUAAAGAAUUUCUUAAAAGUGUUUGGAAAUUUUUUAAUUUCCAUUUCUUAGUAAAAUGCACAAAUGCUAAAUACAUAAUACUGUAACAGUUGUAAUUUGUGGUCAUACAAUAUUAAAUGGGAUAGUUAAGAUGGAAAGACUUGUAAUGUGGUCCAAUAAUUUUUCUAUAAUACUGAUAAUUGCAGUUUUUCUACUUACUAUUAACAAAUUUCUUUAUCCAAUAUCAGCUCCUAUUUUUUAUCAUUUUAUAUUUUGACACUAGAAGUAUUGGCUUUCAAAACUAAACAGCUUAGUUUAAAGUUAGAGUAAGUUUGUGCAUUUGCGAUGUGACUGAAAGUUUGUGAUUGUGGUAUGAAUGUAUUGUCUUUUUUAUUUUAUAUUUUAUUGCAUUUAGACAUCUGAGAUAGUGUGUAUAUGAAAUUAUGCCAAAUUAAUUUGUAAAUUUAAAAUCAUGUAACUUGAUAGUCAAACAUGUUUCAAUUAAUUAAAUUGUACAUUUGAUAUAUAAUUAUAUUCUCAAUAUAAUGUUAACAUUUAUGUUCUUUUAAAAUAGGAAUUGAUUAAAUAAUUCAUAACUAUCUAGAUUAUGUUAUACAACCAAUAUUUUAUGUAUGAUUAAUAUAAAUUAAGUGAAAUAAACAUUUUAUAUGAGACUUU